AUGCCUCGCACCGUCCGCCUCGCCGCCGCCCAAAUGGGCACGACCAACAAAUGGUCCUCGCGCGAAGAAACACUAAAUCGAAUGAUCACCCUCCUCAAAGACGCCGCUACUCAAGGUGCUAAACUCGUCCUCUUCCCGGAAAUCGCCUUCACGACGUUCUUCCCUCGGUAUCUGAUUCUCGAUGAAGCCGAGCUGGAAGACUGGUUCGAGCACGGCGAUAUCCUCACUGCGCCGCGCACAAAAGCUCUCUUCGAUACCGCUCACGACCUAGCAGUGGAUAUCAUCGUCGGCUUCGCGGAAGCUACCGACACAGGCGACCACUUCAACAGCUGCGUUUACUAUCACGCCGCGACGGGGUCUAUCCUAUCUAAAUACCGCAAGGUCCACCUCCCCGGUGACGUGGAGCCCCUUCCGGAUCCGAAGGCCGUGAACCAGCUCGAGAAGCGGUAUUUCAAACCGGGAGAUUUGGGAUUUCAGGCGUUUCGUGAAAAGGAUGUUGUAGAUCCAAUCCUGGGGAUGAUGAUCUGCAAUGACCGCCGCUGGGCAGAAUCGUGGCGCGAAUACGGCCUGCAAGGCGUGGAGAUCGUCGCCUGCGGGUAUAAUACCAAUGGCUUCGCUCCGCAAUUCUGGGGCCAGUCGGCGGAUAUGAGUCCCCAGGAGGCGGAGGAGUUGUCCCUGUUUCAUCAUAAAUUGGUUAUGCAGUGCCAUAGUUACACGAAUGCGUGUUUCUCGGUUAGUGCUGCACGUUGUGGACUUGAUGACGGGGAGUAUCCCCUCAUCGCGGGGUCGGGUAUUGUUGACCCUGAGGGGAGGAUUAUUGCUGAGGCGAAGACGAAGGGCGAUGAGAUUAUCAUUGCGGACUGUGAUUUGGGACUUUGUCGCGCGGGCAAGACGCGCACUUUUGAUUUCGGGAGACAUCGCAGGGUCGAGCAUUAUGGGAGGAUUACGGGGCAGACGGGGCUAGUGGAGCCCCCUUUGUCUACGGUCGAGGAUAGGACUGUUCCAGAGAUGAAGGCACAAUCGGAGAAGAAGGGGAAGAUAAAGGUCCUGCUGAUUAACCCCAACUCCACACCCUCGAUGACUGAGACGUGCAUUGCUAUGGUGAAACCGACCCUUCCACCAGAUGUUGAAGUGGUCCCUUUCACGGCUCCCGUCCCAGCGCCAUCAGCAAUUGAGGGCUCGCUUGAUGCUGUCCUUUCAGCUGCUGCCGCCGCAAGGGCUAUCCUGCCCAUAGCAGAUCAGUAUGAUGCUUUCCUGGUGGCAUGUUUCAGUGACCAUCCGCUUGUUUAUGCCCUGCGGGAAGAGUUAUCGGCCCCGGUGAUUGGGAUCAUGGAGGCCGGCUUGAUGGCUGCGAGAACUGUGGGAGGGAGGUUCGGCGUGGUGGUUACGUCGGAGAGGUCCAAGGUUAUUCAUCGCGAUGCGGUGAGGAAGUUUGGAUUGGAUGGGUUCUGUGCGGGGGUGGAGGCUUGUGGGAUGGGGGUUUUGGAGUUGGAUGGUGCUGAUGGUAAGGGGAAUGGUGGGAAGGAUGUGGUUGAGGCGAUGUGUUCUGCUGCGACAAGAUUGGUGAAUAUUGCUGGUGCGGAUGUUAUUGUCCUUGGGUGUGCGGGGAUGAUGAAGUUGAAGGGGGCUGUUGAGAAGUCUGUGGGAGGUGAUGGGGAGGUACAGGUUGUUGAUGGGGUUGUAGCCGGGGUGCAGCAUCUUGUUGGGUUGGUGAGGAUGGGAGUGAAGACGGCGAAGAAGGGUGCGUAUGCGAGUUCGAGGGUGGCCAGGUUGGCGAGGGGGCAGGAGUAUCUUUGA